UCUUGUUGAUCGCAUUGAAAAUUAUAAUCAAUAGCAAAAUAAAAAUAAAUUUCAAUUUUUAUUUCAUAUUUAGUACGAAUUAAUUUUUGAGUAAUAAAGCAAAAUAAUACAAAUGAACGUUGAAAUAGAUUCAAAAUGUUGUCGAACAUGCUUGGAACCAACGGCGGAUAACUUUUUAUUUAAAAAUCCAGAGCUAUUAAAGAAGUUGCAAUUUGCUACAUCUCUAAGAAUUAUUGAAGGAGACGGUCUGCCUAUAUAUUUUUGUAAUUCUUGUAAAACAAAUUUGGAAAUAGCAUAUCAGUUCCGUUUGCAAAGCAUUAGAUCAUUUAAACAUCUUAAAAAUCACAUAAAUCAAAUUCAAAAUCAAUUCAAAGAUAUUAUUAGAAGCAGCUCGGAUAUUAAAAUAGAAAAAAAAGAUAUGGUGUAUUUAUUGAAUACUGGCAAAGACAAUGUUUAUGAACAAAAAGAUAGUAGUGCUAAGCGAUUCCCUAAGAUUGAAGCUACAUAUUUUGAAGAAAUUUUAGAAAGCGAUCAUUCAUCUUCUAACAUAGAUUCUAAACCAUUAGAAGUGGUAAGAAAAAGUAAAAAAACCAAUAUAAUAACGGAUGAAGAUGCAACACAUAUAAAAACAAAAGGCGGUGUAAAAGUAAAAAAAAAUACCAAACCUACUUCAAAUACAAGCAAUGAUGAUGCAUUCUGUGAAAAUGACGGUGUUGAAUUUUCGAAAUGCGAUAUUUGCCAAAAAAUGUUUAGAAAAGGGAAUUUAAAACGUCACAAGCAAACACAUACAGAUGAUCGAAAGUUCUUAUGUGAAAUUUGUAACAAAUCGUUUACACAGAAAUCGUCACUCCAAAGACAUCAUCUUAUUCACACCGGCGAAAAACCAUAUAAAUGCGAAACAUGCGGAAAAUGUUUUUCACAAUCGAAGACUUUAAAGUUUCACAUGGCCCUGCAUGGUGAAGAUAAAACAUACAAUUGUUCAGUUUGCCGUUAUAGAUUUAUUAAAGCAGAAAAUUUAGCGAACCAUAUGAGAGAAAAACAUUCUUCUGCAAACACAGAUGAAGUAGUCUUAUUUGUGUGUCAAUUUUGUAAUAAAGGCUUCAAAUCAAAAUAUACGUUAAAGGUUCACAAAGAAAAGUUGCAUAAAGGAGAUAUAGUAUUUGACAUGGAUUGGAGCGAUAUUAAUGAUGAAUCCGACGAAGCAGAAUAAAGUUUUAUUAGUUUGUAGUACCAUUUAAUUUUUAAACAUUUUUAAUAUCAUAAGUUUUAUAGUUCAGUUCUAUUGACUGUUUAAAUCUUCAGUGAAUAAGAAUGUUAUGUUCAUAAUUUUAUAAAAAAUUAAGUAAAAAUAUUUCUUAUAAUUUCGGCCUAUUUAAAUUAAAUUUUCCCAAUUUCGAAAAUUAAUAAGCUUUUAAUAGAAGAUCAACCAAAUUUAAAACAGAAUAUGUGCUCUAUAUAAAUACUACAUUAUUUACAGUACUUAUACUUUGAAAUCCUUAGAGUUAAUGUUGAGUAAGAAUUUUUAAAACUAAUUUUUUUGACUGACUAAAUAAUUCGAUUAAGGGAAGUGCGAGGCGAACCUGUAGAAUAUUAUUUAUAUGUAUGUACACAAAGUGCAUAGUGUAUAUUUAGUUUAAUACAAAAUUAUUUGGAAUUUUCAUUAUUAAAAGUUUUGUUUAAUUUGCAAAUUUUUUUCAAAAACUAAUGGAAGGUCAGCUUGCUUUUUAUAUACAUAUUCCAACCUAAGGUGAAUGUUUUACGAAAGGUUGUCUUUUGACGAAGUUCCAAAAGCUUUGAAUUUGAAAAUUUGGUCUUAACAGAAAAAUAAGUCAGAGUUUAAAACUGAAAAAAAUUUUGUAAUUUAUUUUAACAUUUUUCAUUCUCUUAUAUGUUUUUUUAUUACAAGGGAAUAAUAAUAACCUUCAUCUUAAAUACAAAAAAGUAUAUGUAUUUUUUUAUACAAUUUUAUUUUCCUAAAUUUAAUAAUUACGCAAAUCGAGUUUUCAGAGCCAGAUGGUUUCUGUUUAAAAAAAAAACACUAAUUUUUAUAAAAGAAAAAUUAGAACUCACUUGUUAAAAAUUUUGCUUUAGUUUUUUUUUAACUUCAUAGUUUUCAAUUGUAAGUUGGAAGCAUAUUACGAUAAUUUUAAUUUUAAUAAAUCUUAUUUAAACAUGAAAAAAAAUAUUCAUAGUCCUUUUUA